GACCCACACAGACCCACACCGCCCAUGCCCCUCCCUCCCCGGCUGCCAGCAUCACCGGCUGACCGGCCCGCGAUGCUGUCGUCAACGUUCGGUUGAAGGACCCGCAUCGGCCUGCCCGCUGAUCCGCCUCCCUUUUUUGUCUGUUUACCCACAGUCGGCGUCCAUCGCUGUCGCCUUCCUUUCUAUCUGCUGCACGCCCAGCCUGACGGCGUUUAUUGCGUCGGGAGCGCUCCAAGGACACGGGCGCCUUGCGCAUCUGACGGCCUGGCGCAGGGAGGGAGUGUGCGACUUCUGCAAACGCACAUCCAGCCUCCAUCUCGACGGGGUCCGGCGCCCGUUUGGACGAUGCCACGGCAUGAGAUGAUCACGCCAGACAGAUGCCGCUGCGCCGCACUUUCACGGCCGUGAUUCAUCUCCUCUGCUCCUCCCCGACACAACAGCUUUAGCGCCUCUUCUGUUUUUUUUUUUUUUUUUUUUAGGUCUGCGUUGCAUACAAUGAUCCCUGCCAGUGCCGCAUCAAUGCUACCGUCUGCAGAAGCCGCCAAACUGUACCAGACCAAUUACGUCCGCAACUCCCGCGUCAUCGGACUCCUGUGGGCCAUCUUCACCAUCCUGUUCGGAAUCGUGAACGUGACCAUCUUCUCGCAGCCCUACUGGAUCGGCGAUGGCGUGGACACGCCGCAGGCGGGCUACUUCGGCCUGUUUCACUACUGCAUCGGAGACGGCGUCUCCAGAGAGCUGGCUUGCCAGGGCAGCUUCACCGAGUUCGCCGCCAUCCCCUCCAGAGCCUUCAAGGCGGCCUCCUUCUUCAUCGGGAUGUCCAUGAUGCUGGUGGUCACCUGCAUCGGCUGCUUCUCGCUCUUCUUCCUCCUCAGCACCUCCACCGUGUAUAAGAUCUGUGGAUGGAUGCAGGCUGCGGCAGGGGUGUGUCUGGUCCUGGGAUGUAUGAUCUACCCCGACGGCUGGGACAGCGACGAGGUACGCCGCAUGUGCGGGGAGCAGACGGACAAAUACAGCCUGGGCGCCUGCUCCAUGCGCUGGGCCUACAUACUGGCCAUCAUGGGCAUCCUGGACGCCCUCAUUCUCUCCUUCCUGGCCUUUGUCCUCGGGAAUCGACAAGACGGCCUCAUGACGGAGGAGCUGCUGGCGGAGAGCAAGGAGGGAGGCAAUGCUUAAAAAAAAAAACAUUUGGGCUUAUGUGCUCAAUCUCUUCACCAUCAGCUGACAGGAGAAGAAAGGAGAACCCCAACCAGCCCUACCAAAAAAAAAAAAGAAGAAGAAACUCCCAGUUUUUGUCAUCUUGUUUGCUUGCAGCCCCUUACAUCAUCUCCAGAGCUUAGAGCCGUGGUCGUGCACACACUGUCUAGUCUACAGGGCAGACCCCCCCCCCCCUUUGCAUAGGUAGACCAUGGCAGGGGCAUAGACUGUUAUCCGAGUAUGGACUGAGCACCAGUUGGGGUGCAACAACAUGUACAGCGGUGUUGUGAGCACACGGCAUAUACAUCUCCAUACAGUCGGCACAUGCAUAUACAGUAUACUCUAUUCAACUUCUGAUAUGUUAAUUCUGCGUGUUCCACUGUGUCACAUUUUAUUCACACGAGCUCAGAAUUGUUGUACAGUAAAUCUGUUGUGUUCAUCACUAUGUAAGGCUGGACAAUGACAUGGACAUGUCUUCUUUUCACCAUUUGUAUGUCCCUCUCUGUUCACAUUUCACAUAUCACAUAUCUAGAUUUAAGGAUGUAUAUAAAACUAUAUGAAGAUGAUUCUAGGACAGGGGUGUCCAAAUAUUUUCUACCCACUCAAAAAUACCACGGCGUGUUCGGCACACACAAAAAAUUUCGAAAAUAUUUCGAUUUCGAAAAUAAAGUCAUAAAUUGACGAGAAUAAAGUCGUGAAAUCGCGUGUCAAGAUAGAAAAUAUAGCGUAGGCCUUCAGAAAAGAAGGAAACAUCCCCCGGUAUUUAUAACGCGGCAGCAGCAAAACAGCCGUGGAGCACAAACAGAUUAGCAUAGCUAGCUAGACCUUGUCACUUCCGCCUUCGUUACCCCGCCCUUUCCGCAUGCCCAAGGCCAAAGGUCACAAUAGCUGUCUCAGGCAAUGCCUGAAACUUUUUUUCUCGUAAAUUGACGACUUUAUUCUCAAAAAUGUAUUUAAUAAUAAAACGAUUCUUUGUAAAAUAAUGUUCUUGUAAAAUAAUGAUUUAUUCUUGUUACAAUACAACUUUUGACUUGGUUCUGGCAUUUUUCCCUUUUUGCUGUUUCUUUGUAGUGUUCAUGUAAAGUUAUAUUUCAUUGUGCCACUUAAAAAUAAGCUGUGGGCUGCCAUUUGGACACCCCUGUUGUAGGACUUCAAGUAGGAAGUCAAUCUUUGCACAGCGCUCCAGUUUGCUCUUUUACGGUAUGGACACUGUGACGGGGGUAUGGGGGGGGGGCUACCUGUCACCGGUCUACAGGUAAUGGCGUGAAUGUGCCAUUUGGUCUGAGUGCGCUAGCUUGCUAGUGAUGCUAUAUGCCACUGGCACACACACACACACACACACACACAAUUGUCCUGCUGUGUAUCUUAAAUGUGUCUUCUUGUGUUUCUCUUUGACUUCCCUUCUGAGCUAAGUUGUGAGUGCAUACAGGGUACCAGGAUGUAGUGUCAUCUAAUAUGUCGACAUGAAAUGGACUUAGCUUCACUUGUUUUGUGUAAAUAGAUAUAUAGAUGAUAGUAAUAUAGAUACAAUUACCGUACAUGGGGAAAAAAAAGGAGUUAAGUUACAAGAACUUGAAGAAAUUCAUUUAAUAAUAUAUCAACACUUAAUAAAGAUUUUCACUGUA